AUGACAUCUGCAGCCGAAGCCCUCGAACUAGCCAACAUAGCCUUUUAUGCCUUGGCUACUCUUCCCGCAAUCUACUGCUUCAUAAAACACGGCAAGCACGGGAUCCUAGGCUGGCUCUAUGUGAUAAUCAUGUGUGGUCUACGCCUGGCUGGCAACGGCAUGGCCUAUCAUGCGCUUUCCACAACCGGCAAGCCCAAUACUGCUGCUUCCAUCAUCGUCGGAAUUGGUAUGUCUCCUCUUCUUUUCGCAGCCUUGGGGAUUAUGCGCGAGUCCAACGCCUCUAUCCAGUCAACCCUUUCUCCUUUUCUGGGGCUUGCUGGCACGCUCAUCCCCCAUCUUGUCAUUGGAGGAGGAAUCGGUCUGGCAGCCGCCAGUAGCAAGAAUCCCACGUUGUUGAAAGUUGGCAUGAUCGUCUUUGCCAUGGGUUGGCUUAUCGUCACUGGAUUAGUUGUUCUGUCUUUCAAAGCAAAGGCACACAGCUGCCGACUUCCAGGAGAAAAGAAGCUGCUUCUUGCUCUGAUCGUUGCUAUGCCACUUAUUGGGGUACGGGUCAUCUACGCUAUUGCUGCAACAUUCAUAUACGGAUAUUCAUCUGCAGCCAGUAUGCCCGUACAAGUGGUCUUUGGCACCCUACCAGAGUUUCUGGUUAUGAUUACCUACCUUUCGGCUGGCAUUGUGACUCGGAACCUGGCCCGUGACCGUCUGGAAAAGUCAUCGGUAACCGACACCACGGCCGAUACCUCUGUCUCAGACCCGGCCUAUAACAUGGCAUACACAAAUGUAUAA